CUCCCGAGCCGGCCCGAGACGUGUGCUCAAGCUCAUCCAAGCAAUGGCCAACGGUAUCCUGUCACAGAGGUCAGUCGUCGCACUGAAAAGGCUGAGGCUCCCGAGCCGGUCACGACGUGUGCUCAAGCUCAUCCAAGCAAUGGCCAACAGUAUCCCCAGCGGCGGCGGAGAACACCGCGUUUGGGUACAGGCUAACGGCGGCGGACCGGCAAGGAAGGCGACCGCAGCGCCGGAGAUGCCGCUGAAUCGCUUUGUCCGCUUUGUCGCGCUCAUCGAGAAGCUCGGCAACGCCUUUGGCACGCUGGCCUUCACUUGGGCAACCGUCGUCCUGCUCGGCGGCUACUCCAAGGACCUCAGCCUGGAGAAUGACUUUUGGUUUUCCACGGUGAUAGUAUUCCUCGAAGCAACAAGGAUGUUCACCCGCAACAAUAGACUGGAUUACCAACUGUUUUUUAACACCAGAGGAGCUUUUCGACCUGUUGGCUGGAAUGGACUGAUUGCAAUCCUAUGCUUUUUCGAUGUUUUGGUGAUCCUCCUAAAUAAAGAUUCUCUGUCUACUAUGGGGAUUCUUUUGAUGGCAGUAAUACUUGCAAUUGGCAGGUUCCUGUCUGGGCUCAAACUGCACAUAUGCAACCCACUGCGCCAUGCCAUAUCGGUAUGGAGCCCCUUGGUUGCAAUCCUACUGAUGGCUCCCCCUCUAACAGAUAGAGUUACUCGAUACAUAUAUGCUGCUGGUUAUAAUCAAUAUCAAAUCGAAGAUAAAAAACUAGGCCCGUUGCCCAGAUGGAUAGUGUUCACUGUACUACUUGUGCCAAUGCUGUUGGUAACAAUAAGCAGGUUACGGUUCCCAAGAAUCAUCACACUUGUGCGUAGAGCUCUGGGCAGCAGACAAGUAUUUUGGCGUCGAGUUAUUACCAACUUGUGCAUGGUUUCAGCGCUAGGAAUGCAGGUGUUCAUGCUGCACCUAGAUCCAUCCGUGAACCUUCCUGUGGUCUUAAUAAUACAACUGUGCGCCUUUGCGGUGGUGUCAUUAGGCAACUUCCAGAUCCCAGCAGCAGUGUUGCGUAUCGUACUGGCAUUGUUGAGCCUUCGGCACAAGUACGGGCCUAAAGAAAAAAACCUCAAGGCAUCUCUGAGAAUCUUCUAUGGGAUGGUGCUUGGACAAGGAAUGCUCUAUGUUGUGGCUUGCAUGCUUGAGUUCUUUUCAUUCAUCCCUCGGAGAUCCCUCGUCCAUAGUGGUGCGUUUAGAGGUCAGUGGGGAGUGGAAUCUGUCAACCUAUACUAUGCAUAUGCCUUGGAAAAAUGCAUGCAAGAGGGUGUGCUUGCUCCAAAGAAGAUCAGCCUCAGCACCUUUGCCAUUGAUUCUCUAAACUCAGACUCGCCAAAGAAACAGCUCAACGGGAUCCGGACGAUGCACUGCUUUCUCCAAAGGGGGCCAACCAAGGCACAACUCUUUUCAGAACUCACAAUUUCUAACAUGACGAUGGCCAGAAUAAUUAGAAUGUUGGAUUGGACAAGUCCAAAGGAUAGAGCAAUCAGAUUAUAUGCCGCAAAGGUUACCACUGAACUUGCAAAGAACAUCCGUGCUGUCACUUUCCCCGGCACAAUGCAGCUUCUAUCUGCACUCCUUGAUGCUGAUAGCAGACCAAAAAGAGGAAACCCGCUUCUGAUUACAGAUGAUGAACAGGAAGAAAUACGAGAUCCAUUUCUGAAUAUAGAAGAUAGCCAAGAGAAAGAACACGAUGCAGUAAGGGAUGUAAAUGGUAACCGAGGGCAAAGACAAGACCCACUUCAAGACACCGAUAACCUGCUGGAAACACAAAACCGAUCGACCAAGCAAGCUUGCAUCAACAAACAGAAUUGUGUACUCAGGUGCUGGCAGCGGAUUUCAGAAUUUUGUUCAAUUCCCGAGGAGCAGAUGUCGACAGACCAUGAUCUUCUCCCAGCACUGGCCAUGUCAAUUAUUGAAAGUCUUGCUGGUUGUGAUCAGGAAAAUUGUGUACAAAUCAGCAAUGCAGCUGACCUCGUCCCUAAGAUCAUAGGAUUCACAAGCUACACAAGGGGCACGGACAAUGUGAAUACCAAGGCACAAGAAAAGAUUUUGUUGAAGUCUUCACUGAAGGUGCUACAAAGGCUCACAAGCAUUGGUGGCGAAAUCGGCAUAACACUGCGGCACAACAUAUCAAACCAUCCUUUCCUGUUGACAAACCUCGCAGAGGUCUUGGGAAACAAUAGGAGCAGCCAGGAAUCAAUAAAGAUUGUGGCAGAAAUACUCAGGAACAUUGCGGUUGAUGGGAACACAAGGCAGGAGAUUGGUCAAAUCCAACUGAUCAUUACCAUGCUGAUGCAUGUAUUUCUAAAUGCAGAAGGAAGCCCAAGUACCAAUGCUGAUCGCUUGGUACGGAAAGUUGCCGGGCAAGCACUGGCAAUGCUGACAACAGAGAGUGUCCAGAACUGCUUGGUCAUAUUGAGGGAACCAGAGUUCAUUCAGAAACUCAAGACUAUGAUCCUGACCAAUGAUGACAGGUACAUAUAUGUGGCGGCAAGCCUGAUGCGCAAUCUGUGUCUGCACGCUCGUCCCAAGCUCAAGGAUUCAGACUUGAAGGAGCUAUCUCAUACCCUGCGAGAGGUGUUGGAAAGAAUAAUGAAUGCGGAAGGGGCAGAACUAGAGAUCCUCAUUGGCCUUAGUUCACAGAUAUGUAAAGUCAUCCCUGGGGACUUUACCCGAGAACUAGAAGAUGGUCAGAUUGAGAGAAGAUUUGCGCAGAGGCUUGUCGACACACUGAAUGCAAAUACAAAACCUAGUGCUCACUGUCCUGGGAUCAGAAGGGUGAUACUUGAGCAAAUAAUAUACAUGAUAGAGUUCAAUUCUCGGUUUGCAUACCGUUUCAAAGAAUGCAGGAUGACAGAAGCCCUAUCAACGGUAGAGCAUACACUGUCAAAGGCUGAAAACUACAGGCUUUUCUUGGGCGACACGGGGUUUAUGGAGUGUAGCACACCUCUCUCCACUCUUCUGGACAGAGCUAAAGAACUUAUGGGUUGUGACUAACAACUGGAUUUCAUCACGUGGUAGAAGACUCCAAUUUCCCCAUAUGAUAAGCUAUUUGUGGGACAUCAUCCCUCCACAAUUGCAUUGAGUUGUUCAUUGCAAUAGAAUAAGGGCGCCACAAAAUUUAGAGUUGAUAUCAAAGAAUGCAGGUUUUUGACUUUGUAUGAUUCUGAAAUUAAUAAUAGUCUAAGUACUUGCUGUAUUUUGAAAGAACAAAAUUACUCUUUUGCAGUGAGAAUAA